CCUGUUCGGCGUAUAUUAGUAAAUGAAGAUGGUGCAGCAUAUGGUGUGACUGUGAAGAAGGGUGAGGAUGAAAUAAACCUGUUUGCUCCCAUUGUGAUUUCUGAUGCAGGAAUAUUUAAUACCUAUGAGCAACUAUUACCACGUGAAGUGCAAAGUAAACCAGCAAUCCAGGCACUGCUGAGCUCGCUGCAGCAUGGAGUGGCAGGAUUAAGCGUAUUUGUUGGCCUUAAUGGUACUACAGAAGAGUUGGGGUUGAAAGCAGCAAAUUACUGGUUCUUUAAGGAGAAUAAUAUUGAUGAGCUAUUCAUAAAAUACUUCUCACUCAAGGAUAAAGAUUUCACUGAAAGAUGUCCAAUCAUGUUUGUAUCCUUUCCAUCAGCUAAAGAUCCUACUUGGAAUGACAGGUUUGAAGGCAAAUCCAGUAUGGUUAUAAUUACCAUAGUACGUUAUGAGUGGUUUGAAAAAUGGGAAGAUAAACGUGUGAAGAAGCGAGGAGAAGACUAUGAAAAUUUAAAGAUGGAUAUUGCCAGAAAUUUGAUUGACCAAACUACUGAGUACUUUUCACAACUCAAAGACAAGAUUGAGUUCAUCAAUGUUGGCUCUCCACUCACCAAUCAGUUUUACAUUGCUGCUUCACAUGGAGAGAUGUACGGUGUUAACCAUGGCUUGUCCCGGUUCGCUCCAGAGACCAUUGCCUCCUGUAGAGCAAAAACUCCAGUCAAGAACCUUUACUUAACAGGUCAGGAUGUAUUUUCAUGUGGUUUCCUUGGAGCCAGCCAUGGGGCCAUUAUUUGUGCAUCUGAAGUUCUUCACCGUAAUCUGUACUACGAUAUCCUGAAAUUUAGGAAGAACAUCAAAAAAGGCGAAGCCAAAAAGGAAGCUUAAAUGUGCGGAGAAUGCUUAAGAAUGCGGUGUUAAUUUUUUAAUUCUGCUUCAGUGAUAACCAAUGUUGACAGGGGAGGUCAAAUGCCUCAGAUGAUUUUGUCUAUGGGACUACUAUUUAGUCACUGUGAUGUGUGUCAGUGUAAGAGUGGCUUCUUGAGUCUUUGUACAGAUGAUAACCUUUCACAUAACAAAUCUAUACGAAUUGUAUUGUACACAACAGAUGGUUCAUCCAGAUUAUCUUGUGCAAAUUGUAACUUUAUUUUGCUCUCAGAAUCCAGUCACACUGCUUGGAUUAUUAAUCAUUAAAAAUUUAAUAUGCAAUGAUUCACCAAGAAUUGUGUUGUUUGGAAACUUACUCAUUAAGUAUGCUUUAAUAGCUCAGACAUCAAAGAAGUGGCCAUAAAUCUCAUGAAUUAACCAGAUUACCAGAUACUUUGCAAAAAAAAACACACACAGGCUACUUGUUUCCAAAGUGAUUUCUUAUUUUUGAAUCUAAAUUCUAGAUUUUUCCUGUUAUAUGAAACAUCCUUGUCCACGUCCACUCUGUUUAAGACCCGUCAAAGUCUAUGUUUUAGUCACUUCUUCUCACUCUGUAAACUCCAACUGUGCACAUUUUGCCACUUCAAUCAUUGCUCACAAAACCACUCCUCCCAAUUACAGGACCUUGUCAAUCUUCUCCGAACUGCUUCCAAGUUAUUAACAUUCUUCCUUAAGGAGACUAAUAAUGUAUAUGAUAAUGCACACAGAAUGCUGGAGGAAUUUAGCAAGUCAAGCAGGUUUUCUGGAGAGGAAUAAAGAGCUGACAUUUUGGGAUGAGACCCUUUUAUCAGGACUGGCUAUGAUACUCUGCAAGUUCAGAUUCAGUACAGUGCAGCUUUGACUUUAUACUGUUUGGUGUCUUUGGUGCAUGUCCUGGCAGAUGGCAAAGACAGUAGAGUGGCAUUUCACCUCAUUCUGAAAUCAGGCAUGGAAUUUACAUAAUGGUCACAUUUAAGCAUCUACCAGAUUUGAAACCAUCAAUAAUAAAAAAUCUAACCAAUAAUACUAAUCAUAAACCAAUGCUAUUUGUAGAGCAUUGUUGUUUAUCUUUUAUACUGGAUAUAAAAACUUCUGAAAUACCAAGAUUUGUUUAAUUAUGGAGUUGCUGGUCACCAUGAAAUGAAAGUGCACUGUCUGUGGUUAAAGUUAGAUGGUUGCAGUUUAAAAUCAAGGGAUAAGGGUCUGACUUGAUCAGAGUCAGAAUUGGGUUUAUUAUCAUUGAUGUAUGUGUGAAAUUUGUUUGUUUCUCAGUAGUACCAUGCAAUACAUAAAAAUUACUGUAAAUUACAAUAUAAAAUAUAAACAGUGUAAAGAGAGAGCAAAAUAGUGAGGUUGUUCUCAUGGACCAUUCAGAAAUCUGAUGGCAGAGGGGAAGAAGCUGCUCUUACAGCAUUGAGUGUGCUCCUGUAGCUCCUUGGUGGUAAGCAAUGAGAAGAGGGCGUGUCCUGAGUGGUAAGGAUUCUUCAUGAUGGAUGGUGCUUUCUUGAGGUAUUGCCUUUUAAAGAUGUCCUUGAUGGUAGGGAGGCUAAUACCCAUGAUGAGUCUACAACUCUCUCCAGAUUUUUCUGAUCCUGUGCACUGGACAGUGAUGCAACCAG